UGUUCUAUAUAAUGGUCACUUAAACUUUCUGCCAACUCCCACUCAAUCCCAGUCUCAACUCAAAUUUCCCGAUACUAAAUUUCCUCAGCUUAUCCGUUUGUAUCUAAAUUCCAUUUCCCACAAAACAAAAAUUUCAGCAAUUCAACUUGUUCCUGUUCUUCAAUUGGGUUAUUUCGAUACUCGAAUCUCCCAUUACAAUGGCCGGCCAGUGUUUCAGAUACGGAUCGAUCAUGGAUUCGUGGUACCGUUCCUGUUUUUCCAGAGUGGGUCUUAAAUCUGCCACCACAGAUCUCGGCAACGGCACCGUCAUGCACUGCUGGAUUCCCAAAAACCCCAAACAAACGAAGCCCAAUUUGGUUCUAAUCCAUGGCAUGGGAGCAAACGCAAUGUGGCAAUGGAAUCAAUUCGCCCGCCCACUCAUCGCCCAUUUCAACAUCUAUGUCCCCGAUUUGGUCUUCUUUGGUGAAUCCUACACCACUCUCUCCGAUCGUUCCGAGGCGUUUCAGGCUCGCUCCGUCAUGGCGGUUUUGGAUGCCCACGGUGUACGGACUACAAACGCCGUAGGGAUAAGCUAUGGUGGAUUUGUGGCUUAUAGCAUGGCCGCACAGUUUCCUGAUAGAAUGGAGAAAUUGGUGCUUUGUUGUACUGGGGUUUGCUUGGAAGAUCAAGAUAUGGAAGAUGGGAUGUUCCAAGUGAAGUCUGUGGAUGAAGCAGUGAGCGUUUUGCUUCCUCAAUCGCCUGAGAAAUUGAAGGAAAUGAUACAAAUUGCGUUUUUUAAGCCUAUUAGAAUUGGACCCUCUUGCUUGGUUAAUGACCUUAUCGAUGAAUUGUGUACUGAGUACCGUGAACAAAAGAAGGAGCUGAUUCAAGCAUUACACAAGGAAAGGAAAUUGUCUAAUCUUCCCAAGAUUACUCAGCCUACACUUAUAAUAUGGGGAGAGAAAGACUUGGUAUUCCCUAUGGAAUUGGCACACAGAUUAAAAAGGCACAUAGGUGAUAGUGCAGAACUAGUGGUUAUAAAGAAAGCAGGGCAUGCUUUAAAUAUAGAGAAGCCAAAGGAGAUGAACAAGCUUAUUCAGUGUUUCCUUGUUGAUUCUAUCCCUUCAACCAAGGCCAAAAUUCACCACCAAAGUGACCUUAAAUCUGAGUGAGAGUUAAUACAGAAAUUGAAAAUGGAUCUUCCCCGGAGUUUUCAAUUUCUCUGCUGCUGCUGCUGCUGCUUUUAUGUUUAUAAAAUUAGUGUGUAUUUAUUAUCAACUUAUAAUUAAUUUAAUGUAAUGAAGUUUUAUCGUAGUGAAAA